UGUGCAUAAACAAAAUCCCAAAGAUGAGUGGAGAGCCAACCAUGCUGAUUCUGGUCAUCAGAUUUUUGUUUCAAAUGAACGUCUGUGCAAUACCAAUCCAUUGUCAGCUGAAAAAGAUUAUUCCUUUUGUGGAGACGUGAAUGUGCAAAAAGCAGGGGAAAUGUUGGCAUCUAUUAAGUUUUCUCUACCAUAAGGUUUAAGAUCAUAAUCUGAUUAUGCUGGUAAGUGAAAACCUAGAACACCACACAAGCAGUAACAAGUGCUUCCUUUGAGUGUGCCUUUUUAAAAUAGAAGGGCUUCGAGAGCUUCUAGUAUUUCUAAACUAUUUAGGUCAGUUUUUUUUUGUUAGUCAUCAUAUGGCAUGGUUCGAAAAACUUUCAUGCUAUCAUCAGAUUUGCUCUGGUGUCGAUCACUGUGAUUGUUUUGGACUGUUGAAUCGUGGCACUUGUUUGAAAGAACAGGUUUUUUGCAUGGAAAUUGAGUUAUUGUUUUUAGAGAGAAAGAAAGAGAAAGGCUUCAGAUUCUUUUUCCAUCUAGUCAGUGUCUUGUUUUGAUUGCUCAAAGGGUUCAAGGUUUUUGGGGGUCACAGCCAGGACGUGUGUGAUGGAGGUCUGUUGCAGAAGAAGAAUGAUGUCACCUCAGAGAGAGGCAGAAGAGGACAAAGCAGUUCGGAUUGCUGCUGCAGAUAUACAUAGUUCCUGAUCACAGGGCAGCCGAAAGAGAACUGCGUACAGCAGCGGCGAAAAGCAGGACGUCAGGAGUUUUGGAAACACCGGAUGCCGAGGCUGCUCAUCACUGUAUCUCUCUCCACCCAAUCCCGUAAUAUCGGAGGGAAUUUCCAAGAUUAAUGUGUGGCAAAGUUGAGUCUAAACUCCAAAUGGAUGUUUCUUUGAGUGAAUGAGAGUGCGUUUAUCUUUUUGGGUGUGCCUGUGUGUGUGUGUGUGUGUGUGUGUGUCAGACCAUACAGCUGACCUGUCUAGAGGGGACAUGCCCCUUUAACAGACAAUUAAAAAAACAAAUGAGUUGUCGCCAUGCUGCCCGGGAUGGUGCGUGUGUUGCAUGCUCUUCUCCCCGUCCUGGUGUUGUGUGAAGUCUCCCAGAGCUUCCCUUCAUUGCGCCACUAUCCAGUGUUCCUGCGCAACGACACGCAAUUCGAGCAUCUGGCUCUUCACCCUGAACCGGGACUGGGGCGCGUCUACGUGGGUGCUCGUGAUCGCCUGUUCCGGCUAUCCUCAGACCUGCAGCUGGAGGAGGAGGUUGAGACUGGGCCUGUGACGGACAGCCACGACUGCCUGCCUCCAAUCAGUGACACCAGCUGCCCGCAGGCACGACCAACCAGCAACCACAAUAAGCUGCUGCUUAUUGACCCUUACAGCAAGGUGCUGAUCAGCUGCGGCAGUGUGCACCAAGGCACAUGUCAGAAGCGAGACCUGGAUGCUGUGGGCACUGUGCUCUUUUCAGCCCAGAGGCCAGUGGACACACAGUAUGUGGCGGCCAAUGAACCUGAGGUUUCUACGGUGGGGCUGGUGGUGCGCCCACAUAGAGAGCGACAACCAGUGCUAUAUGUGGGGCGUGGCUACACCAGCAGCCAGCCGCCCAUCUCCACCCGCAAUCUAGCCACCGAACCCAUCUUCUCAUACGAAGAAACAGCAAAGCUAACUGUGGUUGCACGGCUUUCAGAAUACGACCACCACUUCGUGGCAUCCUUUGCACACAAUUCCCAUGUCUACUUUCUGUUCUACCGCCGUGACUUGAAGUCAGAGGUGCGUGACUACCGCACGUAUGUGUCUCGUGUGUGUCUGGAUGAUAUGGCAUACUAUUCAUAUGUGGAAGUUCCACUAAGCUGCCGCUCGGCAGCGGGGAAGAACUACAACUUGCUACAGGCUGCUCGACUGGGACUCCCCAGGGCUGGAGAAACUAGAGGAGUAGACGAAGAGAUCCUGCUGGGGGUUUUCUCCACGCGUUAUGCCUCAUCCAGCAAGCCCAGCAACGAGUCAGCCCUGUGCAUGUUCUCCCUGCAGGAACUGGAUAAACGCAUCAACGACACUCGAGAUCUCUGUUACACAAAAGUGGGCCGCCAAGAAGGACAGGAGGCUGCCUAUAUAGAGUACGAGGUGAAAUCAAACUGCGCCAGUUUGCCACCAACCACUCUAGAAGCUUACCCAUGUGGUUCUGACCACACUCCAAGCCCAAUGGCCAGCCGUGUGGCGGUGGAGGCCGAGCCGAUACUGGACAGCCCUUCUGCUCGUCUUACUGCGGUUGCUAUUAGCGUAAAAGCAGAUCACACCAUUGCUUUUUUGGGAGACUCUAAGGGAAAUUUACACAAGGUGUUUUUGGGUCCUCGUGGUGAGGUGGAAGAAUAUGCCAUUAUUCCCAUUCAGUCAAACACAGCAAUCAGUAGUGAGCUGACUCUCGACCAAUCAGAGGAGCACCUGUACAUCAUGACCAGCACUAUGCUGCAGAAAAGGCCUGUCGCAGAGUGUCACCUGCACCUGGACUGUCAGUCAUGUCUCUCAGCUCGAGACCCAUACUGCGGCUGGUGUGUGCUGGAGGGGAGGUGUGGUCGGCGUGGCGAGUGUGCACGUGGGGAGCAGGCUGAUCAGUGGCUGUGGAGUUUUGAUAUGGAGCCACAGUGUCUGACUGUACAAACCAUCACACCAUCAAACAUCAGUAGAGAGGAGAGCAGGACAAUCACCCUGUCUAUUCCUGGUCUCCCGAGGCUCGAGGAUGGGAAAUCAUAUUCCUGUUUCUUCCAAGACAUUCCCUCUCCUGCCACCAUCACUGAGAGCGGGGUCACCUGCCCCUCACCAGACCCCCACAGAGUCCCCUCUGUGUCACCCGGCCAAGAUUUUCUAACAGUCACACUAUCCUUACGGUUUGGUGAUGUCAUUGUGACCUCUCGGGAAUUCAACUUCUAUGAUUGCAGAGUUGUCAAACAGCUCUCAGGGAGUAUGCCUUGUCAUGGAUGUGUGUCCAGCCGUUGGGGCUGUAACUGGUGUGUACGUGAGCAUGUGUGUACCCACAAAUCACAGUGUGAGCAAGGGGUCAUCAUUUACAACGAAAAUUUCAAAGUUCCCACACCCUCCCCUCCUCCAAGUACACCUGUCAAGAUUACAACAGUCUCCCUGAAACAUGCACUCCAUACCACCACACCACCUACUAAGCCUCCAACCACAACCACUGUACCUACUACAACCACUACAGCUACCACUCCAACCACUCAAGCUACAACUACAACUACACCAGUGGCAACUACAACUAUUGCACCAGCCACCACCUCCACUCCGACUACAUUGUCCACAGUUCCUGAACCCACCAUUGCUCCCACCAUCCCCAUGUUGCCAACCCCCCCAUCCCAAAUCACGACCACAACUCCCUCAGCCUCCACGCUGCCUGUUCUGAAGGAGCGUACCUCAGAGGAGAUUCUGCUAGCCUCUGAGACAGAGGGAGAAGCCCUUAGCGAAGCCAAGAGUGUUGUGAUCACCAUCUCCAGUCUGGACACUGGCAUGAAAACAGAGCCACCACUCAUCAACUCAGCAGCCAAGGACCAGCAGUUGCCAUCAGUGUCACCGUCACAAGGUGGGGUGUUGCUGUUUCCUGAAGAAGUCACGCCACUGGUGGAACCAGUAACCAAUGCUCCAGAAUUACCUAGCAGUCCACAGAUUGUAGAAGAAUUGCCUCCACUGGCUGAGCCUCCUACUGAAACUCUAAACAUAACACAAUCAGAGAGUCCCGAGACUGUGGUAGCAGAUUCUAAACCAGACGUCUUGUACUUAUUGCCUACAGUACCUGCUGUCCUACCAUCUGAUUUGCCUGUUCACUCAGAGAACGAAGCAGAUGAAACUGAAACGGAGGUGCUUCACCUUCCCCUAGAGGAAAUGGGCAUGGCUGAAAAUGACACAACUGCAUUUUCAGCCGCAACGGUGCUGUCAGGUGAUGGAGAAUUAGACCACGCCUCCCCUGGCUACCCUCAUCUCUUGGAUGUGGAUUCUGAGACAGACUACCACUAUGACAUGGCAGACCUACCGCAGGGAGACGAGGGAUUGUUUGAGAAUUGGGGUUCGUCUGCGUGUCCUUGUGUUGAGAAGGUUCAGGGCUCACCACUGCUGCCUGUACAGACAGUGAGGAAGAUCAAUCUGUUGGCCCGCAACCUUCACCUCUAUGAGGACCAAGACUUAGAGUACGAGUGUGUCUUGGUGAUUGAGGGACGGACUGUGGUGGUGGUCGCCUAUGUAGAGCAAGAUGACAUGAACCCCUCUCUCUUUGACAUUACCUGUCAGCAUCACCAGUAUUCCUACUCAGCUCUGGUGGAGGAGUACAACGCCAUGGUGUACGUGAAGAGGAGAGACACUUUUCAUGUGGACAGCGCUAAUGACCUCUUUGUAACUUUGUACAACUGUUCAGUGGGCCGUUCAGACUGCAGUCGUUGUCACACAGCAGAUCAGAAGUACGAUUGUGUGUGGUGCGGUGAGGUUCAUUCAAGCUGUGUGCACAAAGAGGCCUGCUCAACGGGUGUCAAAGACAAAUGUCCUGCUCCUGUCAUUCAUUUUAUCGAACCGCUGACAGGGCUGAGAGAGGGAGGCACCACUCUCACCAUCAGUGGCUCCAACUUGGGCCAGAAAGCUCAUGACAUCUUACAGUCAGUCACUGUGGCUGGCAUUUCCUGUACAGUCAUACCAGAACUGUAUGAGAUAUCAUCCAGAAUUGUGUGUACAACAGGAGAGAGCAGAGAGGAGAAGUCAGGUCACGUCUCAGUAGCAGUAUCUGGUGCAGGGCACAAAGGUCUCUCCAUUCAGACUUUCAGCUACCAGGAACCAGUGCUGGAAAUGGUGAGUCCCCAGAGAGGACCCCGUGCAGGAGGAACCUCUCUCACCAUCAAAGGCAAAAAGUUACUGACCGGCAGAUCCAGUGACAUCAGCGUGCUGCUGGGCGAUGUCCCCUGUCUCAUUGUGUCAGAUGUUCAGGAAGGCAGGAUCGAGUGUGUCACUGGAGCCAGCAACCAGACUGGAGGGCACAGAGUAACAGUGCGCUACGGCAACCGUGAGCGCUAUCUCAAUGGCAUCCACUUUCUCUACACCCCAGAUCCUAAUAUAACACAAGCCACACCCACAAAAAGCUUCAUCAGUGGUGGUCGUGUGAUCAGCGUGUCUGGCCACAACUUGGACGUAGUCCAGGAGCCACGGAUCCGAGUGACCAUGACCAGGAAAAGAGGUAGCAGGCGUAGAAGAAGGAGAAACAGAGGAAGUGUUACAGCUGUGGGUGUUGAGCAUGGUUUACUGUGGAGACACAAGAGAAUAAUUCCUGAAGUAGAUGGUCCAGAAAACACUGGCAAAUAUUUUGAAGAACGGUGUGAGGUGAACACUUCCUCUCUACUGCUGUGUCGUAGCCCUGGUGUAAGCUCUGAGAUGUUAGAAGCUGACAUGCAGGUGGAGUUUCUUCUGGAUAACUUGCGCUUCGACUUUAACGCAAUCACCCAAUCGUCUUUUACCUAUGAGCCUAACCCCAUCCUCUACGAUCUCAACCGCCAUAAUCCCAAUGAGCCCUACCGCUACAAACCUGGUUCAGUCAUAUUGGUAGAGGGGCAGAAUCUAGACCUAGCUAUCUUUAAAGAGGAGGUGGUAGCUCUCAUUGGUGAGGGCAUAUGUACGGUUAAAACUCUGACUAGGAACCACCUGUACUGUGAGCCACCGGCCCAGCAGCCCUCCCCCUCCCACAGCCACGGACGCAAGAGAGAAGGAGCUGAUGCACUCCCAGAGUUCACAGUGCAGAUGGGGAAUCUGAACUUUUCUCUGGGCAGGGUGCAGUAUGACACCCUCAGUCAGUCCACCUUUCCUUUGGAAGCUCAGAUAGGGGUUGGAGCAGUGGCUUCUCUCGUCGUCCUUAUCGUUGUGAUCAUUGUUCUCAUAUACAGGAGAAAGAGUAAACAGGCUCUGAGGGAUUACAAGAAAGUUCAAAUUCAGCUUGAGAAUCUAGAGACGAGUGUGAGAGACCGCUGCAAGAAAGAGUUUACAGAUUUGAUGACUGAAAUGAUGGACAUGUCAAGUGAUCUUGUGGUAUCUGGGAUUCCGUUUCUGGAUUACAAGAUGUACGCUGAGCGCAUCUUUUUCCCGGGUCAUCGGGAGUCGCCACUGCGCAGGGACCUGGAUGUGCAGGAUUGCAGACGGGCCACAGUGGAGCAGGGACUUGUCCAACUUUCCAACCUCCUCAACAGCAAACUCUUCCUCACCAAGUUUAUCCACACUCUGGAGAGCCAGAGGACAUUCUCUCCCAGAGACCGAGCCUACGUGGCCUCUCUGCUCACUGUAGCCCUACAUGGCAAGCUGGAGUACUUCACUGACAUUCUGAAAACAUUGCUCAAUGACCUGGUGGAGCAGUACGUCGCCAAGAACCCCAAACUCAUGCUCCGAAGAACUGAGACUGUUGUGGAGAAGCUCCUGACCAACUGGAUGUCUAUAUGUCUUUAUUCUUUCCUGAGGGACUCGGCGGGGGAGUGUUUGUAUAUGCUUUUUAGAGCCAUAAAGCACCAGGUGGAUAAAGGGCCUGUGGACGCAGUGACUGGCAAAGCCAAGUACACCCUCAAUGACAGCCGACUACUCCGAGAGGACCUGGAGUAUCACACCCUGACUCUGAACGUGCUGAUGCAGGGAGUAGGAAUGAAUGAGACUCAGCCAGUAGCAGCUAAAGUACUAGAUUGUGACACUAUAACCCAAGUCAAAGAGAAGAUUCUAGACCAGGUCUAUAAGGGAACCUCAUACUCCCAUAGACCGCACACAGAUUCACUGGACUUGGAAUGGCGUUCAGGUGUCGCAGGUCACCUCAUUCUCUCAGAUGAAGAUCUAACAUCUGUGGUGCAGGGCAACUGGAAACGCCUCAAUACACUUCAGCAUUACAAGGUUCCUGAUGGAGCUACAGUCGCUCUGGUGCCACGACAUAGCAAACACGUCCACCAUGACAACCAUGACUAUGUGGCAGGCGAGAAGACGCCCAUGCUGGAGGAUGCAGAUGAGGGUGGAGUCAGACUGUGGCAUCUUGUAAAGGCCAGUGAGGAGCCUGAACUGCCCAAACACAGACGAGGCAGUCUGAGAGAGAGAGAGAGGCCCAAGGCCAUACCGGAGAUCUACCUCACACGACUGCUCUCCAUGAAGGGCACUCUGCAGAAGUUUGUUGAUGAUCUUUUCACCGUGAUUCUGAGCACAAGUCGGCCCGUUCCUCUUGCUGUGAAAUACUUCUUUGACCUGCUGGAUGAUCAGGCAACUCACCAUGGCAUCUCGGACCCAGAAACAAUCCAUAUUUGGAAAACCAACAGUCUUCCUCUGCGCUUCUGGAUCAACAUUGUGAAGAACCCUCAGUUUAUCUUUGACGUGCAGGCAUCCGACAACGUGGACGCUGUCCUGUCUGUCAUCGCUCAGACCUUCAUGGAUUCCUGCACCAUUGCUGAGCACAAACUGGGCAGGGACUCCCCCAUCAACAAGCUGCUAUAUGCCAGAGACAUUCCUCGUUAUAAGCAGAUGGUGGAGAAGUACUAUGCUGACAUCAGACAAACCAUCCCAGCUAGUGAUCAGGAGAUGAACUCUGCCUUAGCUGAGCACUCCAGGAAUUACUCAGGAGAGCUGAAUUACCUAGUGGCCCUGCAUGAGCUGUACAAAUAUAUCAAUAAAUAUUAUGACCAGAUCAUCACUGCCUUAGAAGAGGACACCACAGCUCAGAAGAUGCAGCUUGGUUAUCGUCUUCAGCAGAUCGCAGCCGCGGUGGAAAACAAAGUGACAGACUUGUAAUUAAGAGAUCACGAUGAGAUGAUUGAUAGGAGGGGAAAGAAAUAAGGAGAAGGUGAAAGAUAUGGGUUGCACUGAAGAAUGGACCUACUGUAUGUAGUGACUGCAGAGAGUUGUGUAGAAGCAGCAAAUGAGAACCACAGCACUGUGGGUGUUGACUUAAACGACGGAGUAAACACACUGCCACUUUACAUAGGAAAAGAGGACUCAGUGUGUGAUUACAUGGUUUCUGUCAUUAUUUGAGAGAUUAGUGAAUUGGAGACUCUUCGGCAUCCUCAGAAUGACGGAACAGGUUCAGGAGGGAUUUCUCUUGUGGUCCUUCAGGAGAAAACGGAGGACAUGUACCAGUGUGGUGGAAUGUGAUUGAAGUCUCUGCGAGAGGAAAAGCCAUGUUGUCCGUCUCCUCCACUACUCGAUCAGGUGACUACUGCAAUUUUCCCAACACAAAGAGAGCGAUUGUGGUCUCACCAGUUCCAACCACAUACGCCAUUCAAAAUCAGUACUGACUGACAAUGGGCUCAAGUUAAUGCAGUUUUGUUCCACAUAGACAGACAUUUACUGAGGAGGAAUAUGAUACCUGUCAAAGUAGAGAAAAGGCUUUCAAAAGCAUGAAAAUGACUUGUACAGGUCAAAAACAAAAUCUGUGCCUCACAGAACUUUUGCUUCUUCCUGCCGUUCUCUACCUCCUCAUAUGUUUCUUUUUCCAAUUCACUCUACAUCAUUCUUUCUGUGUGUUUUGCCAAUAUGCAGAGCAUACCCAUCUGUCCAGCAGUUACUGUGUGUACUAAUAUAAUGAAGUGAUGGGCUUUGUCUGUUGUCAUUUUAUUUCUCCUGCUUAUUGUCACUGGCAGGGAGUGAAAGAGAGAACGUUCAUGGUGUAAAACAUCAAUGCAGAAUCUUGUCAUUUUAGAUUAUUAUUUAUUUAAUAUUAGAACAUGUAACAUGCAUCUUUCAUUUCUUCCGCAACUGUCUGUAUCAUCCGUCCAAGUCAUUAAAAGGAGCUCUGACACUGAAAGAAAAAUGCAGGCAAAAACUGUCAGUCAUCUCUAAUCUAGCACUAGAAUUCAUUUCAACAUUUUUAUCUGUUGUAUUAAUGUAUUUUCUGUGUAUGGCACUAAAGAGAUAGCUGGUGAUUUUCCCUCACAUUUUAAUUCAUUUAUUAUUGUCUCUGGGUUUUUUUUAGUUUUUUUUUUUUUUUUGUAUAAAAAUCACUGGAAGGGCAGUAUGCAGGAACACAGCUCUGUAAAUCUGUAAGGUGUAAUGACUGAAGUAUCCUCUAUAUUUGGACAUAGUUGCUUCUGCUCUAACAUUCCUUUUAUGUGGUGUAAGAGAAACUGAUCUCCGAAUCAUUAGCCUUUUAAAAGUAUUUUGCUUGGGUGCGGGUGGGAGACAUGUUCACUUCAUACUACAGUAGAGGGUCAAUAUUUAGUUUUCCUACUCUGCUUUACAUAAACACUAGCUAGAACAUGUUCAGUUUAUGGAGACCUCCUCCAGCUUAUCAUUUUCAACAAGUGCAUUGAUCACUAGCCAUUUUAAUUUUAGUUACUUUUUAUUUUUUGUCGUUGUUUUUAACAAAAGGUGAUUAGCAUCCAUCCUGAAACAGACAAAUAGAAAGGGAGAGAAAACUUCAAAUCAACACAGUUAACUUAAAAAGAGGCUAAUAUGCAGAAAGAUGGAACUAGAUACAUAAAUGGUUCAGUGGUACAUUAAAUGUAAGAUACAUGUAAUUAGUGGUGAGAUGUAAUUGUACAAGAUAAAAUAUGUGCAGAAUUUUCAGAAGGAAGUAUAAAGCUAUAACUAUUAUUAGGUUUAUAAAUUAUGUGUAGACUAGAGCAGGCUCUUUCAGUUUUAAAAUAUGUUGUUAAUAUCAUCCUACGUAAUGAUUGUCUUUCAGCUGUAGCUUCUUACCAACAGUAUGUGAAAAUUUUUACAAAUUAUAUGGAAAUUUAAUAAAAUAUUCUAAAAGAAGUUGACUGUGAAUUCCUGAUCUGACACAUUAAUUCAAGUACUGUAGUGUGUAGCUUCUCUAGACUAAACAUUACAAUAUUUGAAUAACACUCAGUUUUUAUUGCUAUUUCCCGUUUAUGCUGCUAUACUUCAUACUUUUGUAGAACGUGGAACUAUCCUCGAUUUACAAUAAUCCACCGCUGUGGUAAGCAGCUCAUUAUGGCUCCUCAACUAAUCUAUUGUGUUGAGUGUUUAAGCCAUUUUAUUUCCAUCAUAGGAGAUAAUUUUUCAUGCAAGAAGCGUAGAAUUGAGUUAGAAACCUGCAUCCAGAUGUUUGGUGAAAGGUAGGAAAGUGAGCACUUUUGAGUCAGUUGAGAAAAAAAUGCUUUAGAACAAUGUUCCUGAGCUCUCUUUGUUCUGACAAGUUGUCCUACCAAUUGAGAUGUCCUAUGCUAAUAAAACAAAACAUACACUAUAUGUCCAAAAGUAUGUGGACACCUGACCAUCACACCCGUAUGUGCUUGUUGAACAUCCCAUUUCAAAACCAUGGGCAUUAAUAUGGAUUUAAUCCCCCUUUGCUGUUAUAGUAACCUCCACUCUUCUGGGAAGGCUUUCCACUAGAUUUUGGAACGUGGCUAUGGGUGUUUGCUCAUACAGCAUUAGUCAGAGCAUUAGUGAGGUCAGACACUGAUGUUGAGUGAGGAGGCCUGAUGUGCAGUCAGUGCUCCAGUUCAUCACAAAGGUGUUCAGUAGGGUGGAGUUCAGGGCUCUGUGCAGGCCACUCGAGUUCUUCAUGACACCAUGUCUUCAUGAACCUUGCUUUGUGCACAGGGACGCUGUCUUACUGCAACAUGUUUGGGCCCUUUAGUUCCAGUGAAGGGAAAUUGUAAUGCUACAGCAUACAAAGACAUUCUUUACAAUUGUGUGCUUCCAACUUUGUGACAACAGCUUGGGGAAGAACCACAUAUAGGUGUGAUGGUCAGGUGGAUGGAUGGAUGGAGCCUUUAUUUGUCACAUAUACAUUACAGCACAGUGAAAUUCUUUACUUUGCAUAUCCCAACUUGUUAGGAAGCUGAGAUCAGAGCACAGGGUCAGCCAUGAUACAGCGCCCCUGGAGCAGAGAGGGUUAAGAGCCUUGCUCAAGGGCCCAACAGUGGCAACGUGGAAGUGCUGGGGCUUGAACCCCUGACCUUCUAAUCAGUAACCCAGAGCCUUAACUGUUGUGCCACCACUGCCCUGCCAGGUGUCCAUAUAUAUUUUGAUCAUAUAGUGAAAAACAAACUGUUAGAACACAGGCAGGCAACCUUGUGAGGCUGUAAUGUCACCUUUUCCCUGUACACUGCCUCUGACUAUGGCGGUCUCAGUGUGCCCCCUGGUGUCAGUCAGUAGUACUGUUAUGGUAAUGGUAUGGCUGAUUUCAUUCAAUUUAAUUCAAUUUUAUUUGUAUGGAACUUUUAACAAUAUUCAUUGUCACAAAGCAGCUUUACAAAAAUACGGAUCUAGAUUUAGAUUCCUACUGAACAGCCCAGAGGCGACGAGGAAAAUCUCCAUGAAACUAUAUGAGGAAGAAACCUUGAGGGGAACCAGACUCAAAAGGGAACCUUUUCUGGGUGGCAGCUGAUAGUGUGAUUAUAAAUCAUUACUCUUCCACAGCGGUAUAAUAUAAAGUCAAAAAGUACUCUGUGUUUUGAAGGGAUGUUCAUUUCAUUAAGUUCAUUAAGUGGCAGGCCUACACUAACAAUAACACAGCCUCAAACAAAAUUUGAUUGGCUAUUACACUUGACUUAUUCUAUAGGCUACUAUCUAGUGAAUAACUCCUUAAUAGGCAGUUGAAAGUCGACAAUAUAUAGUCCUCCAGCGUACAGUCUAGUAGCUCCUUCUGAAGAGUUUCAGUCACAGGUCCAUACAAUCUAUUCCAAUACAAUUCCAUUUUAAUACUAAUUACCUCUUUUGAGUGACCAACAAUUUUAAAAAAUGUUAUUUGACAGAUAUAAUCUGACGUUCUGCUGAUUUGUUGCGUUUUCAGAUGUAGCACAGCCAUGGGGCAGUCUACUCACUGCUCCACUUAGCUUCCAUAGAGAUAUUAUUGCACCUAAUGGUCCCAUGAUUGUGCAACUAGUGACCUAUAGGGGUAGGAUUUGUGCUGCCCAUUGUUUCCCAAUGGAAUGGCUGCGGAAAAGAAAAAACAUGCCUCCCUUUUCCAAUGCCAACAUUUUUGGGGCUAGUUUCAGGUCUUUUGUGUGUUUUUUGAAUGUAAUUGGGCUGGAAAUUUUGUUGAAACAUGACAACCCUGGUUAAUGAUAUUACCUCGAAGAGCUGAACAAAGGUACUUACUCAAAAAAAAAAAAAAACCUGUCUGCAUUGAGACGCAGAUAUCUGUAAUAUAAACCAGGCUGUACACUUUUGACAAUGGAGUUUCAAAAUACUAGACAAAAUGUAUCCAGUGAAACAGGUCUUAAAAAGAUUUACUAUGUUUAUACUAGAAUGCUUUGGAUUGUUGUUUCAAGUUUAUUAAGCAGAACCAUAGAGGCAACAACUGAAGUCUAGUUAUUUGAUGUUAUAUUUUGUUACAAACCAGGCAAAAAUGCCUGUUUUCUAAUAUGCUUAUUUAUCUUAAUAGAUAAAUUUCACAUCUGUAAGGCAAAGUGGUCCAAGAGUAGGCCGAACUAUCACUAUGCUUAAACAGUGCAACACCCUGGUAUGGUCAUCACAAAAAAUCAAAACGCAGUCAGAACAUUUAAUUUAAUAAUAACAUAUACAGCAAACUUUUGCUUGUUUAGUUACUACCCCAGGAAUUUUGAUUUUGAAUUUUGAAGUGAUUGUAUAUGUGAUGGAUUUGUUAAACCUCUUUGUAUGUACAUUUGUAAUAAAGGAUGUAAUAAAGUUCAUUUAAAAUGA